UGGAAUUAUCGAUUAGAUUUAUUAUCAUUUAUAAUCAACAUUAUCAUCGUAAUUAUACCGGCACUUUAUUGGUUAUUAUCGAAUGGUUAUCGAAAAUUAUCAGGAUUAAAAUUUACGAAAAAUUUUCAAAUGAAAAUGACGAAUAAUUCAAACAAUUCGAACACGACAAAUGAUUUGCACAUUCAUUAUUAUAAUAAUUCUGAUUAUUAUGAAACAAUAAAUUCCGAUUCUGAAAUUCAAAUACAGAUUGAUGGACCAUCAACACCCACCACUACGACAUUGAAUCAACCAUUGAAUUCGAAUGAAUUUGAUUAUCCGCAGCAGCAGCAGCAACUAUUUCAACCUGAUCAAGAACCAUUUAUUGGAAUGAUAAAAAAUGAGAAUGAUGAUACAGAAACCACCAAGAUGACAAAAAAAGAUUGUCCAAGAAUAUUAUUCUGGGAAGAAAUCGUGACACAAUUAUCAUAUCUAUUAUUGAUAAUCAUCUAUCUUGGCCAACUUAUUGAAUUACUUAUAUUGGAUAUCGCUAUUGUUCGGAUCGAUGAUGAUGAUGAAGAAAAAUCGAUGAUUUUUAUCGACAAUUUACAAUUAAUCAAUAUCAUUCUCACCAUCAUUAUACAUCUAUUAUUUUAUGGUUUAAUCUAUGGAAAAUAUUUUCUAUUCAAUUCAGUCAUUGAUCGUUUAUUGCAAAUAUUACAAUGGAUUGAUUCGAAACAUCAUCAUCGACAAUUGAAACAGGUUGUUGUCCAGCUAAAUCAUGAAUUGGAUUUCAUCAUUUUACACGCGAUUGCAUUUGGUUAUUUUUUUCUAAACCUUUUUAUAAAUAUCUCCAAAAUUGUCAUUUUAAUAUUAUUCAUAGCCAGUGAUCAAGAUGACGUUCGAUUAUUCGAAUUAAUACGUCCAUAUUUUCUCAUCACAAUCAUCAUUUUGCAGUUUUAUUUUACUUCUAAACAUUUACUUGAAUUGGUCAUUUUUGCCAUUCGAAUUUGUUAUAAACGUGAUUUGUUUUCAAUGAAAAUGAAUAAACUACCAACGCGAUCGAACAAGUCAACAACGACAACAAACGAUUCGUUUAUUCGUUAUCGUCGUAAUCAUACAACAUUUUUAUCGAAAUUAACAUUUUCAUGGUUCAUACCGAUUCUUAAAAUUGGUUAUCGAAAAAAUCUUUGUAUCGCCGAUCUUGGCACGUUAACCUAUGAGGAACGUUGCACAACACAAACGGAACGUUUUUUGCGAAAUUUUCAUAAAAUUGAUAAAGAAAAACAUCGAUCAUCAUUAUUACUACGUGUUUGUUGGCAAACAUAUAAAAAAUCAUUAAUAUUUGGUGCAAUUAUUAAAAUUCUUGCCGAUCUUUCAAGUUUAAUUGGUCCAAUAUCAAUUGGCUAUAUUUUGGAUGAUAUAACGCGUGUUCAACAAGCAAAUUACACAACAACAGCAUCGAUAGAUGAAUGGCGUGCCAUUUUCAUUCAAAAUGGCGAUGAAGAUAAUGGCAAUCUUCCAAUUUUAGAAUUUCUACGUGCACGAACAUUCAUGACCAAUGCCUAUGUACUCACGGUGAUUGUAUUGCUUGCAACAUUUCUUCAAUCAACAUUAUCGAAUAAUUUUAAUCAUUUGGUUAUUAGUGAAGCGAUCCGAUUGAAAAGUGCACUUAGUUGUUGUAUCUAUCAGAAAGCAUUACAUAUGCCAGUAAAUAAUAAUAAUGGUGGUGUCGAUGUUUCCGGCACAAUAUCCAAUCAUAUUACAUUGGAUAUGUCGAAUAUUUUUCAAUUUUUCACAAUGAUGCAUUAUCUUUGGGCUGUGCCGAUAAAAAUCAUUAUAUUACUCAUCCUGUUAUAUCGACAAAUGGGCAUUAGUGCUAUUUGUGGUUCAACAAUAUUUUUCGUCUUUUCACCAUUUCAGUAUUAUUGUUCAAGGCAAAUUUCAAAAAUUCAAAAAUUACAAUUGAACAUAUCGGAUAAACGUGUUAGUAAAACCAACGAAUUAUUCAUGGGUAUUAAGCUGUUAAAAUUAAUGGGCUGGGAAUUAUCUUUCGCUGAAUAUGUUAAAAAAUUUCGCCGUAUCGAAUUGCAUUACCUGAAACGUGAUGCUAUUUUCGUUGCCAUUAAUACAUUCAUCACACAAGCAUCAGCAAUAUUGGUGACAAUGGUAACAUUUACAUUAUACCCAUAUUUAGAAGAUAAACCAUUGAAAGCAUCCACUGUAUUUACAUCGAUUGCAUUAUUCAAUCAAAUAACCGUACCAUUAUAUAUUGUACCACUGGUUAUACCAAUGUUAAUUAGUGCAAUUGUUAGUAAUCGACGUUUAUCCGCAUAUUUUACUAGUCGUGAAAUUCAAUCCGAUAAAAGGAUUCAAUGGAAAAAGGAACCAAUUCGUCGUGUUGAUUUAGAUCAACCUAAUUCAGCGCCAAUUUUAGAAUCUGAAUCAAUCAGUAAUGAGAAAUCUUCACUAAAUCAUCAUCGUACAUUGGAUCGUUGUUUAUCCGUUGCCGUAGCAAGUCGUCCAUUAUCAAUGCAUCAGCAUCAACAACAUUAUUUUGAUCAUUUUUGUUGCUAUAUUAAAAAUGGAAAAUUCACUUGGCAUGAUGAUGAAGCCGUCAUUCAAGCCAAUUCCAUAAAUCGUGAUAACAUUGAAUGUACAUUAUCCGAUGUAAAUGUUCGUUUUCCACGUGGUCGUUUAACCAUUUUGGUUGGAUCAAUUGGUAGUGGAAAAUCCACUUUAUUAGCUAGUUUGAUUGGUGAAACCUAUAUGGUUGAUGGCGAAAUACAUUGGCUCGAAGAGAAUCGUAUCAAUUUUGGUUAUGUACCAUCAAUGGCAUGGAUUUUAAAUGUAUCAUUACAAGAUAACAUUACAUUUGGACGUGAAUUUGAUCCAAAACGUUAUGAUGAAGUUGUUCGUGCUUGUUGUUUAAAAGCCGAUAUUGAUCUAUUACCACAACGUGAUCAAACCAUUAUUGGUGAACGUGGCAUAACAUUGUCCGGCGGUCAACGACAACGUAUUGCAUUGGCACGUGCCAUUUAUUCAUCGGCACCUACAUUGAUUCUUGAUGAUGCUUUAUCGGCAUUAGAUCCAAUUGUUGGUUAUUCAGUUUUUGAAAAUGCUAUAAUCAAAUUAGCGAUAAAACAUCAAAAACGUACAGUAAUCUUGGCUACACAUCGACAAGAAUUUCUUUCACGUACCGAUUAUGUUGUCGUAAUGGAAUCUGGUACCGUACGAAAUCAAGGUAGAUUGGAACAGGUGGAAAAAGAAAAUAAACCAUUUUUCUAUCAUCGUAAUGUUGUGAAAGAAAAAGAAACACUUGAACGUCUGCAACAAAAACCGGAUACAUGUCGUACGACGAAAGAACGUCAGAAAUUAACACGUUAUUUUUCCAAAAAAGGUGAAUUUCGUAAUCGUGAACGUAUAAAAUGUAAAAGUCGUCCACAUAAACCAUUAUUAAGACAAGCAAGCUGUGGUAUAGCACCAACAUUACCAUUACAUGAUUUGGAAAUGGAAUUAGAUAUUUCGAGUGAUGUUGAUGGUAUAAUAGAUGAAAAUUUAACAACAACCACAGCAGCCACUGCAGCACCACCUGUAAUUAAUUUAAGAAAAAAUCAAUUAAAUCGUUUAGCAUCAGAUGAAUCCUAUCAUUCAACAUCAAUUUAUUUAUCAUUUAAUAAUGAAAACACGAUUUAUAACGAUGAUCAUCCACAAAGAUCUAAUCAUCCAAUUCCAUUGCAAAGACUUGUAUCAAGUAUAUCGAAUUAUUCCACUAUCACCACCGCCACCACGCCUGGAAUUGAAGAAUCAUCAUUACAACAACCAUUAUAUUGUGAUUCUCAUCGAUAUCUAAGUGCUGAUUCUACUACAAUUAUUGAUGAUCAUACUACUGUUGUUUUGCAAAAUGGUUGCGAUUAUUACCACAAUAAUUCGGACAUUGAACGCGAUGAUGAUGAUGAUGAUGAUGUAUUUGUUGAAGAUGAAACAAGCUGUAUAACUGAAGAAUUACGGCAAGAAAUUACUAGUUUUAAAACAAAUCAAUUAUGUGAUGAUAAUUGUACAAAUAUGGUUUGCAAUCGAUUAAAUGAUGAUCCAAGAAAAAAUCAAAUUUCCAGUGACAUUUUCCUCGCAUAUCUUAAAGUACAUUCUUAUUCAUGUGUUACCGUUGUAUUUAUAUUGGUUAUUAUGAAUCAAACAUUACGUGUUAUAGCAGAUUUUUGGCUUGCAAAUUGGGCUAAUAAUGAUGAACAUCAUCAUGAUCAUCAUCAUCAAUCCAACAACAAUGGUGUUGGCCAUUACAUUAAAUCAUAUGUAAUAUUGUCAAUCGUAUCGGUGAUUAUAUCGUUGGCUACAAAUCUUUAUGCCCAAUUGAUAACGAUAAAAGCAGUAAGACAAUUACAUGAUAAUCUUCUUGAUACAAUGGUACGUUGUCCAUUACGUUUUUUUGACCGUACACCCAUUGGACGGAUUAUUAAUCGUUUUACAACGGAUUUAAAUGUUAUCGAUAAGAAACUUCCAAUUGCCAUACCUGUAUUGUUGAGAUUUUUCUUUCUAUGUGCAUCGGCCAUCAUUGUCGAUGUGAUAAUUUGUCCAUAUUUUUCCAUUGCAAUCUUACCGAUACUUGUGUUGUAUUAUUAUCUGCAGAAAAUCUUUCGUUGUACAUCAAGACAAUUACAACGUUUGGAAUCAUCAUCAAAAUCACCAAUUAUAUCACAUUUUAAUCAAACUAUUGAUGGCCUGACAACCAUUCGUGCAUUUCGUGAACAGCGAAUGUUUUCUGAUCGAUUUCAUCAAUAUCUUGAUAUGAAUAAUCUUUGUUUUUUGAUGGUUAAUUCAGCAAAUUGUUUUCUGGGAAUCUUGUUGGAUUAUUUUGGUGGCAUCAUCCUGUUCAUUGCGAUGAUGAUAUCAAUUACGGCUGCAUUUUAUUGGAAUGUUCAAUCAGCAUAUGUUGGUCUGGCAAUGACAUAUACCUUAUUGGUACCUGUUUAUUUGAAUUGGCUGGUACGAAAUUUGGCCCAGGUUGAAAUGAAUAUGCAUUCCGUUGAGCGUAUACAUUCAUAUAUAGGAUUGGAAAGAGAAAAAAGUUGUACAAAUUCUCGACAAGAAUUUGAAGCAAUGUCGAAAAAUUGGCCCAAAAAUGGUGAAAUUGAAUUUCGAAAUGUAACCAUACGUUAUGGCGCAAAUCUUAAACCAAUCAUUCAUGAUGCCUGUUUGCAUAUUCGAUCUGGUGAAAAGAUUGGAAUAUGUGGCCGUACUGGAAGUGGGAAAUCCUCACUGAUUGGUGCCAUGUUUCGUAUCAAUGAAAUAUGUAGUGGACAAAUUUUUGUCGAUAAUAUUGAUAUAACACAUCUUUGCCCAUACCGAUUACGAAAACGAUUAGCAAUUAUACCACAAGAUUUAGUUAUAUUUACUGGUUCGAUUCGUGAUAAUCUAGACCCAGAUCGUGAACAUUCUGAUGAAGAAUUGUGGAAAAUUCUUCAUGAUUUUCGCUUGGAUAAAACAAUUACAUCAUUAGAUGAAGAAUUUAAUGAUGAACAAACAGUAAAACAACGAUUUUCAUCCGGUGAACGGCAAUUACUUUGUUGUGCGCGUGCAUUCCUGGUGGAUACACCAAUUCUCUUGAUGGAUGAAUCAACAUCGAUGUUGGAUAUGAAAAGUGAACGAUUAGUUUUCGAUCAAAUAUUCAAUAGUUCACGAACAAUCUUGGCGAUUGCACAUCAUGUUCAACAAAUUGUCCAUUUCGAUCGAAUAGCCGUGGUUAAUGAUGGACGAAUCAUUGAAUUUGAUUCACCAAAUCGAUUAUUGAACGAUUCGAAAUCAAUGUUUUAUACUUUAUAUCAUAAAAUUCGUGAAUACAAAUAAUGACUGGCUGGAUCAAUCAAAAAAAAUUUUAUUUAAAAAAUUUAACUUUUUAAAAUGUCAAAUAUACAAUAAACAACUGAAAACAAACGAAAUAAAAAUGAAUGAAU